GUCUCCUUACAUACAUACAUACAUAUUCACUGUUUGUUUCUUUGUUGGGGUAGGUAUUAUUAUUAGCGACAGCAGAGAGACAAGAAGAUGAAGAUCUGUGGUUGCAUAUCCUUAUUCUUUAUUACUCGGUUUUGUAGCUCUCCUUUGGAGGUACUACCUAACUGACUGGCCUCACACAAAGACUUAUAUUGCUUUACAAGAGGCGGAGGCGCCAUGACAUGACGUAAAAUUACAAGAGACAUCUUCAGUAGAAGAUUAAGAUUCUGAAAAAUGAUUUCUUUCGCAAAAGUCACAUCAUUCCCGCGACGAUUUAUCCUCGUCUUGGGAGCGGGAGCAGGUGUUGCCGACGCCGUGUUAAUGCACCGCGGCAGGGAUCAAGGUGAUGCACCGCGCGCCGGAGGUCAGCCGCGCCAGACGAGGCAGCCUGCUACUCCUGGACAACGUGGCCUUCAACACCAAAAAG